GUUUUCGGUCUGCUAUCUAGCUGGUGACCUCUUUCCGACCUGGCGCCUAGCCUGAGCCCCGAUCUCGCCUGAUGCCCCUCCGUAUCCUCCAGAACACAAACGAGAUGUCGCAGCCGGCCAACACCUGUGAGGAAAAAUCAUUUCAUUCGAAACUUCGUAGUCACCAAGGCGCAAGCAACCAUUCCGACCCUAGGGUUCGCCUAAAACCCUCACAGACGAUCAACGACAAUCCGGAAAGAAACAAUCUAAAAUGGCUCAAAGACAUUGUAGACACGGAGUGCCAAGAAAAGAUCCCAGAGGAAAUCGAGUCACUGCAGAAUACUGGCUCAGCAAACGACGGCGACAUAGACGCGUCUGGAGACGACACGUGCGACAGUAGUUCGCCCAGUCAAGACGCGUCUGGAGAAAGCGCACGAAAAAACGAUCGCACACAAUUUAUUGUUGCUUAUGCCACAUACGUGAAUUACCAGAGAGAGAGCGAUUAUCAAAUAAAUCAGCUGAGGAGAAAUUUGGAAUCGCUUCCCCCAAUUCACCAAAAAUGGCUUCAAUCGCCUCCGCCUGAAGAAGACGCCAACUGGCUGUCACAAAAUGAUCGAUUGACGUACAUGAGAAAUUGUACGACCUACAACUACAAACUGAUAUGCGACAUGCUGGUGUCCUCCGUGAGCUUUUGGAGCGUGCCAGAACUCAAAACCUCAGAAGGCUUGAAGAAAGAGUUAAGGGAGGUAAAGUGCCACCCUAAUGACCUGCACGACUUCGUGGUGAAAGACUACAAGAGCAAAUUCAACACAGAGAAGGUCCGCUCGACGCUCCAACAAAUCGUAAGGGAAUGGUCGGAGGAAUACGAGUUAGAGAGGGUGCAGAGCUACGGAAUCAUUCUACAAGAGCUGAAGAAACGGCUUCCAGUUGACGACAGCAAUUGGAAUCAGAUUCGCGUGCUUUGCCCGGGAUCGGGACUGGGGCGCCUGCCGUUGGAGAUAUGUCUCGCCGGAUACGAAUCUAUAGCGAAUGAAAAUUCUUACUUCAUGAUGAUGAUGUGCCAGUUCAUACUUAGAAAGUCAACGAGAAAAAAUCAGUUUUUAAUUUUUCCAUGGGUUCAUGAAGUGAACAACCUUAUCAAUCCGUUCUAUCAACUGAGGCCGGUCUACUUCCCGGACGUCCUCCCGGGAGACAGGUUGCCGAAUUCCAAGUUCGAGUGUUAUUUUGGCGAUUUCUUGGAGCUGGACAACGACUACCACAACUUGGACGCGAUUUGCACGUGUUUCUUCAUAGACACGGCGAGUAACAUCAUUGAGGUCAUAGAGAAGAUAUACGAGCUCCUGAAACCUGGUGGCAUUUGGAUCAACCUUGGACCGCUUCUGUAUCACUAUUCAGAAAUUAACGAGAUGUCGCUCGAGUUGACCUUGACACAGAUUCUGAACGUUUCGAGGAUCAUAGGGUUCGACAUACAAAAUCCGACGUUGGUUGAAUCUGGCUACGCGAACGACUACGCGUCGAUUCUUCAAGUCGUAUACAGGAGCGUUUUUUUUUGUGGGCGUGAAGGUCGUGAGAGGUAGUGAGGUUGAAGUGCCGAGUCAAGGAGCGCGUUGAACAUAAAAAGUUACGUUUUUUCUUUGGCGCUGCCAUAUAUGGUUUGUUCCUGCAAGAAUUUCAUGGUUUCCUUGUAUUUCUCUUCUUGGGCUGCCUUUUUCUCAAGAUACUCGGCCAUGCGGUGUCGUUGCAAGCAAUAAGUCUCCUUGCGCAGUUCCCUGGAGGUGCGCCUGGUUUCGAGCCGGGCUUUCUUUUGCAAAAGUCGUCUUCGCUUCAGCCGGCUGUCGCAGGCCGCUUUUUUGCCGAAGUAUUCUUCGGAGAAGUCGGGAGUCAGGGUGGGCAGGGGGACGGGUUUGCAUUCGAAGUCGCGGAGGGGGACGCGAGUGGACUCGAGGUGCUUGAUCCUUUGCCGACAGAAGCGGGUUAUGCCGCCGACGGAGGCCCUGAGGUCGCUGGGCACUGGGAGGGCGGUGAAGUGGUCGAGAGUGAGAGCGACUCUGCGCAGGACCUCGACUGAGUAGGGUUUGCUCGAGUGCAAGUACAGGUAUUUUUUCAGGAGGUGGAGCGACAGAAAGAGGGCUUUGAAGCGGAGGAGAUUCGGGGUCGCGGGGUCGUCCUCGCCGAGAGUUGGGAGCAGGUCCGAGAGGGUCAGCGGGGUGCGGAGGUCCACGUUUUGAGGAGUCGACGCGGGUGCUGAGUGGUCUCGAGCGGAAUGGAGGGGUGGAGACAGUUCGAGACAGCUGGGAGAGACACGGACGAGGGGGAGGAAGUUGGUCUUGGUGGGGGGUUGGUGGUUGGCGUUCAGAGUUAGAAAGCGUUCCAGGACUAGAAGUAGGAGGUUGAUGGGCUCAGAGGCCCAUUGGUUCGCCGAGCACAGCAGUUGGUAGAACUGGUUGGUCAACAGCAGAGCUCGGAGCAAAUGGGAGACGUUUGCCAGUUGAAGCGUGGAGAGUACGUGUCCCAGGUGGAUUGAGAGGGGAGAGAGAGCCGCGUGUCGCUGGUCGGCGGUGGACCACUGAGAAAUGACCGUUUGGAACCCGAGGAUGAGGGAGAAGGAGGGGACUAGGCCGACGUCGGAUUUGGAGGACAGAUAGUCGGCGAUGGCGCGCAUAUGAAGUUCCUCCCAUUCGGAGAUCAUGUUUUUCGUCGCGACAGAGGCGAACGCUGGCAUGAGCGAGGCGAGUUCGAACAGGGAAGCGGCCGAGACUUCGGCCGAGCGGAGCAGCGAAUUUGGGUCGUCGAGUUGACCGCUGGGCGUCUUCUCGGCGCGGCGAUCCAGCGUUGCGCCGAGCGCGAGGACUCGACGUUGCAGAAAGAGGUACAGUCUCUCGAGCACCUGGCGGUUUUCUGGCCGAAGGGACAGUGGGUAGCACGCGCGCAGACGAGAAAUGAUCUCGGCUUGUCUGGGACAGGACUGGUUGCCGAGCAGGUGCAUGAAUUCGUCGAAAGAUUCCGGCAUGUGCAGAACGUAGGGGAUUUCUCCCGACUCCGACAAGGAGGUCGUUUUUUGCCGAUUUGGGCUGUUUGAAGGCGCCGGAUGCAGAGCGGGCGGGAAUCUGUUCUCCUGGGAAUUCUCGCGCGGUUCUUCGCUCGAACUGGUUUUCGACGAUGCGCCGCCGGACGGGCGCUGCUCGCGCGCGUCUCCGUCGCUCAGGUCACCCGCGUUCGAAUCGCUCGGCUCGAAAGAGGCGAAAGAAACGUCGUUCGCCGCGUCGCGCGCCAGGGUGCCACGAGCGCGAGCGACGCGCUCCUUCUCCAGCUGCUGCAAAUGCCUGUAUCGCUCUAUUUCCCCCUGCUCCUCGCUGCGAGAGGGGGCAACGGGAUGGGCGCGCCUUAUACCGGGAUCCGCCAGGCGCUUCAAAAUGGCGUUGUAGUCGUCGCCUCCCCGAGAAGGCGACGCCUCCUCUCUAGUCGCAGUCGAGACGGGCGAGCCCCUGAGCGACGGCUCAUCGCUCGAACCCCCCUUUUCGGCGACAACGGCAUCCGCCUCCGGAACGACGCGGUCGUCCGCUUCUCCGCUUUUCAACGCUUUCCUCCUGCUCCCGAAUACAGUAGUCGACGAGCCCAACAGCUCCCUCAUCUCCGGGAACGCCUUGUCCAGCUCUUCAACCAGCUGGAGCCUGGAUUCCCGCUCCAGCUGCGCCUGGUGUCUGGACCUCUUGCUCCUGGAAAUGACCUCCUGCAUCACCUCGGCCUUGGUCUUCGCGGCGCCCUCGGGCGCCCCGCCGGACCCCUGAGGGAAGCCCGAGGAGGGAGGGCCUCCGUCGCGUCCGUCCUCGCCGCGACCCCCCUCCGCGCGAGCGCGUCUCGAACCGUAGCCGAUCUCGUCCAGUCGGCGACCCCGGUGCGUGAGGUAAACGGGCUCCGAGUCCAAGUUGUAGAUAGAGCCCUUGGGGUUCGAAAACUGCCUCUGACGCGUUCGCUGAAAGCGAAGGAACGCCUUGUCUUCCGCGGAAACGGACGGGUCGAACUCGGCCAAGCGACGGUCAACCAGCACGGACGCCUUGUUUCGCCGCGUCCACUCUCGCUUUAUGACUUCGCUUCUCUAGACCGCCGAAGCGCAAAAAAAAAAAAAAAAAAAAAAAAAA